GAAAACAUGUUGCGAAAUUCAUUACCUGGUUGAACUCGGAAACUGGAGCGUCCCUGGACAACUACCACCUCAUCGGUCACAGUCUAGGUGGACAGCAAGUUGGAAUCAUUGGACGGAACCUAGGUGGAGAGGUCGCUUACAUUACUGCUCUGGACCCAGCGAUGCCCGGCUGGACCCUGAACCCAUAUGGCUUCAAAUCCACUGACGGGAAAUACACGGAGGUGAUACAUACUAACGUUGGACUUGCUGGUCGCGCUUCAGCUCUGGGUGACGUAGACUUUUAUCCGAACCAGGGAUUUAAUAUGCCAGGAUGUGGUCUGAAUCCAAGCUGCAGUCAUCACAGAUGUAUCUUCUACAUGGCUGAAUCUCUCGUAAGUGGCGGUUUCACUGGACAGCGAUGUGACUCCAUUUUUCAACUCGUUAAGAAAGACUGUGAUGAAUCAGACACUCUGCCGAUGGGAGGACCCACCGCUAAGACCGGAGCUACCGGGAUAUACUAUUUGACAACGAAUGAUGAAUCUCCUUACUCACAAGGCUAAUUCAAAUAUAGUAAUUACGAUAA